GGGGUUGUAUUGCCAAAACAAUUUACAGCAGUAGUAUAUUAUGCUGAGAGUCUAAGCAAUCUGUAUAAUCCAUUAGUUUCACUUUAUGAAUUAAUUGACCGAAAUAAGUACAUUUUCUGAUGACAUCCUGAGUCAUUGAGAUGCACCUUUAGUUUGUGAGUUUGUCUGUGUAAUAUUUAACCCCGACUGCCUCAUAGUUGCUGAACUGGCACAUUAUGGCAGAUUAAAGAUCCAGGUGUGGUCUGUGACUUUGAGCUCCAAGUAGAGUCAGUCAGGUUGAGUGCCGCAGUCGACAUGGCUUCUCAAAAGUCAGACACAGCUAUGUCUCCAAAGAUCACUGGGGAGCUUCUGCGGCUUCUUCGGCAGGUGAUGAGGAGUUGCAAAUAUUUCUCAGAGCCGAUCCACGCCUACAUAGUCCCAUCUGGAGAUGCACAUCAGAGUGAAUACAUUGCACCAUGCGACUGCAGACGGGAAUUCAUCUGUGGAUUCAAUGGUUCUGCAGGAACAGCCAUUAUCACAGAGCAGCACGCUGCCAUGUGGACAGACGGACGAUAUUUCCUCCAGGCCAGCCAGCAGAUGGACAACAACUGGGCUCUGAUGAAGAUGGGACUGAAGGAGACACCGUCACAGGAGGACUGGCUGAUCAGCGUCUUGCCAGAAAACUCCAAAGUGGGAGUAGAUCCUUGGAUCAUCGCUGCUGACCAGUGGAAGAACAUGUCCAAGGCGCUGACCAGUGCUGGCCACUCGCUGGUGGCCGUGCAGGACAACCUGAUCGACGUGGUCUGGACGGACAGACCCGAAAGGCCGAGCACGCUGCUCCGCACCCUGGGACUGGAAUACACCGGUAUCUCCUGGCAGGACAAGAUCACGACGCUGCGAGGCAAGAUGACGGAGAGGAAGAUCAGCUGGUUUGUGGCUACAGCUCUGGACGAGAUCGCGUGGCUUUUCAACCUGCGAGGUGCAGACAUUAAUUACAACCCAGUGUUUUUUGCAUACGCCAUUGUGGGAAUGAACUCCAUAAGACUUUUCGUGGACCUGAAGCGGCUGUCUGACCCGGUGGUGCGGGACCACCUGCAGCUGGACUCCCCCAGCCGGCCCGAGCUGAGCGUCCAGACCUUCCCAUAUGAGUCCGUCUACACCGAGCUCCAGGCGAUCUGCGCUGCGCUCGGCCCCAAAGACAAAGUGUGGAUCUGUGACAAGGCCAGCUGCGCUCUUACGCAGGUCGUCCCAAAGGCUCACAGGACUCCGAUUCCCUACACUCCGCUCUGCCUCUCCAAAGCCGUAAAGAACGCCACCGAGAUCAAAGGCAUGAAAAUGGCCCAUAUCAAGGAUGCUGUUGCUCUUUGUGAACUCUUUGCUUGGUUGGAAAAGGAGAUCCCCAACGGCAACGUGACUGAGAUCUCUGCAGCCGAUAAGGCCGAGGAACUCCGCAGUCAGCAGAAAGACUUUGUUGGCCUCAGCUUCCCCACCAUCUCCAGCGUGGGUCCGAAUGGAGCCAUCAUACAUUACCGACCCCUUCCUGAAACCAACAGAACGCUUACUGUGAAUGAAGUUUAUCUGAUCGACUCUGGAGCUCAGUACAUCGAUGGAACCACAGACGUCACCCGCACCGUGCAUUUCGGGACGCCUUCUGCUUUCGAGAAGGAAUGCUUUACUUACGUGCUGAAGGGACACAUAGCUGUCAGCGCUGCCAUUUUCCCCAAUGGAACUAAAGGCCACCUGCUGGACUCG